AUGUUAACAACCUGCACCCUGGACGCUGAAUCACGACAUUGAUGUUAUAAUUUAUCAAAUCAAUAAUAUAUCUGAACUAAUGUUUCAAGAUCACAAUCUCGUGUAACAGUUUUCUACUCAAGGGGGCAAUUCACGAAGAUUUCGAAGUGAACCAAAAAGUGGAAGAAGAAAUUGUGUUAGGAGCCAGCCUAUAUCAUUGCUGAUAGUUAACCAACGAGACAGUAAGAAACUUGUGUAGUUUUGAACACAGACUACGGUACACGUUACGAUCGAAUUUUUAAUUACAAUUUUUUAAACUACUCUCACUUCGCAUGUUACAGGAGGACACGGAGUGUCUGUGAAUAUAGUGUUGAGAACUAAAAGUAGAGGUGUGCUGAAAUCAUUCUUUGUCCGGGAACAACUUCAAGAGAAGACCGCUUGGUAAACUAAUGUAACAUUCACCAUGAACCCUCAUGGGUGUAUAGAGAAGACCACACAAACUGAUCAGACCAAGAGCAAGAUUAUUUCUGUAUGUUUAUUCAUUUUGAAAAAUGGUGAAUUCGACGAUGUGUCAUACAGGGUGGUUAAACAGACAGGGAUGGAAGAGUGUGUUGUGAUAACCUAUGACCAUUUAUUUGGCAUUCUUGGAGAAAAUAUUGAUCCACUAUCAAUAUCCUUAUCUCAUCUUGGAACUUGCAAAAUAUUUAUUCUGUUUAGGCCUGUUAAAAGCUAUAAUCUAGUUAAAAAUGGAUUGUUUGAUACUGUCCAUUUCUUAAAUAUUUUGAGACAUUUUCACAAACAGGCAACAUUUUGUCCAGGAAUAUCCAUCAAAUUCCUUCAAUCUGACACCCACCCUAGUGCCAUUGCACAUUAUACACAUCCUUUUCCACGUUGUCAGUCUGUUGACUGUCCAGUGUAUGGGGAAAAGUCAGAUGGAAAGCUGGAUUGUGGUACAUGUUUUCCUUGUAAUGCCUGCAGUUUGCUAAUGGUUAAGACAUCUGACAAAAAAGAUUGCGUACAGGAUAUUGACUUGCCAAAUGAUACUGUUUUUGCAUCAAAAGAACAUGAUGUUAGCAAUCAAAGGAACACUGAUUCAUCCCAACCCUCGCUUUCAGAAGAUUCAAGUUUUGACAACAAUGAUGAUUAUGAUGAUGAACCAGUGGUUGAAAAGAUAUGUUCAUUCAACAAGAGGAAUCAUGGAAGGAGUUUGCUGAGCGAUAGUAUGAACAGAGAAAAUCUUUCAAUAGUUUCAAUGGUUCCUAUGAAACAUCCUCACAGAGAAAGAAAACUUGCCACUGUUGGUGGUGAAACCAUAUCCAAUUAUGUAAAAACUAACAAUUUUGAUACAGAUUUAUCAUAUGUAAAUCAAACAAAUUGGCAAGAAUAUCCAAGUGUACAAUUGGAUAACAUGUUGAAAAUAAGUAUUUGUGAGGCUUCAAACCAAACAGGAAAAGUAACUGAAACCAAUGCUGUGGAAUUAGAAGAUGAUUCCAUAAAUGUAUCUGAAAUAAAUAAAGAAAAGGACAGUGGCAGAACAUGCAGUCUGAUGAAAAAAUCCCAUGUUACAAGUGACCAUCCCGAUACAGUUUCUGUUGAAAGUAAUAACAGGUUACAUAGGUCUAAUUGGAGAGAAGUCAGUCCCUACUGUGGUCAAAUAGUUGAACCAUCUUCAAAUUCAGAGAUGCAAAAAAAUGAUACAACACAGAAUAUGUUGUCUCAAGAAAGCACCCACUCAAGGAGACAAUGUGAUUUGAAACAUUCAGUGUUACAUAUUCCAAAUACUAGUGACUGUAGCAUGGAAAGAGUCAAGAACUUCCCAUCAGGUAUGAAAAAAAUUCCUUCUGCCACUCUCUCUGUGGCAAGUGUUUUGGCUUCAAAAUCAUCCAGUGUUGCCAAACAAAAUGUUAUUUUAAGAGCAUCUUUGCAAGGUAGGACUAUCAAGAACAAAAAGCCUAGUAUGGUAAAUGCUACCUUAAGACUAGAUGAUGUGAUUGCACAGUUGAAAAAGUCAGUCAAUAAGCCUCAGCUUUCAGUUUUAAAUCCACAGUUAGAUAGAGUGCAAUGUACCUCACAAGAGACAAGAAUUGAGUCAGUCUCAGGUCAAGUCAGUGAUGAAGAAUCUGAAGUCAAUAAAUGUAAGGAAAGAAAAUGGCUCAAAAGAAAGCGAAAACCUUCUGAAAAAGUAAUAGAAUACCUUGAAAGUUUAAAGUGCAAGAGUAAUGAAAGAGAAGUUCUCAGUAAAAUAGCUAAGAAAAGAACUGGAAAAACUAUCCACUCAAAAUCGAACAGUGUUGCUGUAGAGAUUGAGAGUUCUUUCCAGCCCGACCCUCUCGAGUACAAGAAGACUUCAAGGAUAAACAACAAGACAGGGUCUGUGUCAGAUCAGAAAAAUGUGACUGGUGCCUCAAAUAAACAUAUAAGUUCAUGCUCGGAACCAAAUAUAAAUGCUUCUGAAAUGUUACAAAAGUCUCAGAAUAGUAGACCUUUGAAACUGUCGCACACUGAAACAGAAAAGGCUACAAACACUACAAAAAGGGAAUGCAUCAAACAUAUCCAGACAAACCAUUCUAUUGACAAAUCAAUAGUGAAUGAUGAUGAUGAUCGGACUGACACAGAGCCGCUGCUGAAGACUACAGUUAAAGGGGAAGAAAAGCACAAGCCUAUUCAGUGUCCAGUGUGUCAUGAAUUCUACAGCAAUGAAAGAACUCUUGGCAGGCACAUGAGGAUUCACAACCUAGUCAGGCCAUAUAAAUGUCCUGUUUGUAAGAAAUCAUUUGUUCAGAAGAUCACCAUGAAAGUUCAUAUGCGUCUGCACUCUGGGGAAAAACCACAUCAGUGCAUCAUUUGUGGCAGAUCAUUUGCUCAGAAGAGUAAUAUGGAGACUCAUGUCAGAAGACAUCUUGGUGUCAGACCAUACCAGUGUGAUUUGUGCAGCAAGGGUUUUAGUGACAAAGGUAGCUUAGGAGAGCACAAGAAGAUCCACACUGGAGAGCAGCCUUAUGUCUGCACUGUUUGUGGUAAAUCAUUUAGUCAAAGAGCAAAUAUGCGCACACAUCUUCACAGACAUCGAGCAGAAAAAACAUACUCUUGUCUGAAGUGCAAAGAGUCUUUUAAUAAUAAGGAAUGUUUAUUGAAACAUACUAAAAAUCAUAUAAAUACAUCAGAGCAAGGAAUUGUAACAAGGGAGAUUGCAGAUCAACAUACCCAUGCAACACCUUAGAACUUUAAUACCUCUGUGCAUUGGUGACAGAGAAAAAACAUGGAAUAUUAAACUUCAAUUGAACAUCAAAGUUGCUGUAUCCAGAUGUAAGUAAGGGCCAUUCCAUUUUACUUUAUGUCAACUGUCAACUCCUAGUUUAAAAUAUGAGCUAUAUUAGCAGCCCUAUGAAACAGUAAGGGUUUGUCUGAAUUUGGUAUAUACCUUGUCUUAAAUGGUUAUCUUUACAGGCAUGAUUUUAAUAUUUGCAUGUAUUUUUACAGACAUAAGAACAUGAAGUAUUGGAAGCAUGCCUAUCAAUGGUCAAUGCCGUCUUUGAGGCGAUUGUUUAAUUCUUGCAAGUUACUGUUGCACCUUGUACAAUUCUAAAACUUGGAAAUUGCUACCUCGUACAAAAUUGCCUUAAUGGCCGAUCUUUUUGUUCCAAAGGGCAAUAACUCUCCUUUUGAAAUGAUAUAAGCGACGAUCCAACCUGUUCCCAGAUCAAUGCGUGCUGCGACAACUAGUGACAUGUAGAGACGGAGCCAAGCUGAAGAGUUACCCUGUUGCACCUUCGUUCAAAAACAGUCGUUUAUAACUGAAUUAUUUUAACUAGCAGAUAUUUUGUAGUGAUUAUUAGUUUGUAAUAUCAACAUUUGUUGAGUCUUCAACUACAAGACAAAUUGUCACUAUGGCAGAUAGAGGGAAAAACUUCAUGAAAAACAGUAUAUUGCCAUGGUAUUUUCUACGUCAGAAAACAGUGAGGCAUUCUGUCAGUCUAGGUUAACAUAUUGCAUCGAUGAAAAAAUGCAGACUCAUUUUAUUUAUCAGCCUUUGUGUUAUUUCCCACCACAAUUCGAAGCAUUCAAAUCUCAACAAAUACUACCAUGGACUUCAAUUUAAUAAAAUUAGUGAUACGCCUAGAUUCUACAUUUGCAGCACACAGACAUCUUUGACAGGCCCAGACCUUUACCAAUGAUCUAUAAAGUAGGUAUACAUCCGUGCCUUUACAAAUAUUUUAAGCAGAAAUAACAUUCAAAAUAAUAAAACAACUGAUUUUAAAUGUUACUUUUUAUAUCAAAAUUAACGUUGCAUCUGAAUAUUUGAAUUUGUAUUAUAUUUUAGAAAUAUGCCAAAUGAAAAUCUACCAUGCAUCUAUUAAGCACUCAGUUACUCAGUUGCAAUAUACAUAUUAGUCACCAUGAUUUGAAAUAAGAGAUUUACCCAUAUUAUUCUGCCCCUUAUAACAUGUGUCCCACCAUUAAGUGCUCUGAGUCAUCAUAGGUGUUGUUUAAUUCAUUGAUCCAUCAUUUCUUACAGAAUUCUGAUACUCAUGCUCUUAAAAUAGUUGUAAAUUACAGAGAUGUGUCCCAACAAACAACAAAUCAUACUGACUACCCCACAAAAUGAGUAUGAUACAUAAAUAGAUGUAAAUCAUAGUUUUAUCUUCUUGUUUUAGUAACAUUAUAUUUAUUUUAAUGUUGACAAACUAUUUCCCAUACAAACCCACACACUAUCCUGCUGUAGCUAUGUAUCCUGAUUUUCAUUCAACAGUACUUCAAGACACCUGUUGUAUAAAGUAUAUUUUGUAGAUAUUAUUAUCAUAUAGCAAAUAUGAAUUUAGAAAGUUUAUCAUCAAAUCUUCUGAUGGUUAAAUAAAUGCAAAUUGAUCCCCACAAUCAUUCCAGGUAGAUAAAUGGAUUUAUUUAUGUUAUUUGUUUUUGCAUAUAACAGAUUAUACUUACAUAUGUUACAGUCAGUGUCUAUAAUCAGGCCCCAUAUGUAUAUUGACUGAUUCACUCAGACAAGGUAUAUUUUUCCUUAAAUUUUCAUUCAUUUAUUAUUGCCUGAAAAAUAGGACUGGAGUUUAGACAGACUAACUGAAAUGAAUUAGACUGCAUAAUUUUAAUCUCCUCAAUUUAAAUUGGAUCUAUUUUGAUCUUAUGAAGUAACUUAUGUAAGAAAUAAAAAAUGUUUUCACAUUGAAAUUGAUUGAUUCUCCAAACAUGAAAGAAUACCAGAGUCCUUUUUUUUAUGUUACUUUUCUUUAUUGGCAUAAUAUUCAGUUCAGAAACAGAUGACUGCUAAAAAGUCAUGCACGUGUAAUCAAAUACUAGUACACAUGCACAAGUAUGCCAAGAUAUUAAAUAAAAUAAUAAGAGUCAUUGUGCAAUGCAGAUAUCUGUUGGUGUGAAGAGAAAAAAGAAUAACAUUAAUAAUUUGUUUAUGUUGGAAUUUGAAACAUCAGUUUAGAAUAAGGAAACAUAAAAAGCAAGGCCUAAUGAAGUUAAGAAUCAGCUUUAUCUGUGUUACAAUCAUAUGAUUAUUGUCAAUGCAAACUGGAUGUAGACACUGCAAUGUUAAUACGGUCAACAUUAUAGAGAUUGAAAAUUAGUAUGAAUAUAUUGUUUUAUUUUAAAAAAAUUGUAGUUGGUACAAAUACUCUUGAAUAUGUAUUUUAACUAUUAUAUAGGGUCCUCUGUGUCUGCAAAUUAUUUUUUUCUACUUUGUAAAAUUUCAAAAAGGCCAAAAUAAUAUAUAUUUAAGAAUUGACCUUCACUUUUUGUGAGUUCAUUGGAGUAUGAACCUUCAUAGAGUGCAGACCAAACUGUAUGAACGUCGGAGCUUAUUUAGUUCGUGUGACUUCAUGUUUACACUGACAGCCAUACAACAACCAGCUAUAUCGCGUAGUAAAAUAGUUCCUCAAAAAGAGAGGUGACAAGGGCGUACGGAUGCACAACUUGCCCUUCAGAAACAUCUUACGCAGCACAUGUGUUCAAAUCAUAUCCUCAUUAGAUGAGCAAGGUCUGUAAAGAACUACCUCAAUAAGUCAGUCACAAUGACCGCGUGUUGUAAUA